AUGGUUAAUUUGUUGUUAAACUGGACUAUUGAUCCUCUUGUAUACGGAGAUUAUCCUCCAGAAAUGCGUCGUUAUCAUGGCAGUGAAUUACCUAGCUUCUCCACGGAGGAAACAGAGUGGAUUAAAGGCAGUAUUGACUUCAUUGGAAUUAAUCAUUAUUCAGCAAUAUAUGUCAAAGACUGCAUAUAUUCUAGCUGCAACCAGGCUGGGAAUCGUACGAUCCAAGGCUUUGUAGAGACAACUGGAGAGCGAGAUGGAGUUCCUACUGGAGAACCAACAGGAAUGCCAGCAUUUUUUGUAGUUCCAAGAGGCAUGGAGGAGAUCGUCAACUAUCUUAAGAACAGAUAUCGUAACAAGCCUAUGUUUGUGACUGAAAAUGCACCUUUCGGCAACUGUUCUGUUGGCAAUUCCGACGUGGAGCCUCUCAUUGCGGUGCACAACAUGUUGUUGGCACAUGCCAAGGCUGCCAAGCUUUACCGUGUAGUUUCAGCCUAA